GAAGCUUGGCACAGUAGCAUUCAAGGCGUCAGUGAGGGUGUUACUGGCUACUACUCUCCUUCCUGCCUUUCACAGCUCUUAGACAAACCUCAUGGAGACACAUGUGACUGCUUUAUACACAACACACACUCACAUGUGACUAAAUAAACCACAUGGACACACAUUAGCGACAGUUUUAUGUUAAUAAACCACAUUUGUCUGCCUUAUCUUGCCUGAUAAACCACAGAAACACACACAAGGGACGGCUUCGUUUGACUUCUGUUAUCACCAUUCGGCUUGAAGAUGGCUUCCCAAAACAUAGUAGCGAUAGUUGUGGCUGCGGCAGUCAGCUUCCUAGUUGGUGGCAUCAUAGGUCACCUUGGCACUGGCAUUGACACUAUCUCCAGCAGUGACAAGGAGAAGAUCAGCAUAAUGGAGAAGCUGGUGGCAGACAAGUGGGAAUCUGAGGAGCAUCUUAACCACAAAAUAAUUGAUAUGGUCAACACGGACAACCUCAGAAAUAAUCUCAUAGAACUGGCCAAGUUUCCACAUCUGGCCGGGACAGAGAGAGAUCACCAGCUGGCCCAUAUGAUACGUGAUCGGUUCCUGGAGGCUGGCUUUGAUACCGCUGACCUUGUUCCUUAUGAUGUCCUCCUUUCCCGACCCAACCGUACCAACCCUAACUUGAUCACUCUUGAAGACGGGGAAGGUCAGAUUAUCUUCAGCAGUACCUACCAGGAGAAGCCACUGCAUGAGGAUGAUAGUGACCCUGAGUUCAUCCAUGCCUUUAAUGCCUUUACGCCUGCAGGUGACGUCCGUACAGAGGCUGGUCGUGGGGUGGUGUAUGUCAACUACGCCAGAGUAGAGGACUUUGACAAGUUGGAAGAACUCAAUGUUAAUGUCUCUGGCUGCAUCGUUAUUGCUCGCUACGGCAAGAUCUUCAGAGGGAACAAGGUGCUUCAUGCCCAGGAGCGAGGCGUCAAGGGCAUAAUCCUCUUCACGGACCCCAGUGAUGUUGCCCAGGAGGGAGUGGAAGCACAGGAUGUGUACCCUAACUCUUGGUGGCUCCCGGGGUCGGGCAUGCAGAGAGGAAGCACCUACAUGGGUGAUGGGGACCCACUCACUCCUGGAUGGCCCUCAACAGCUCAGGCCUACAGACUCAAGGUUGAAGAUGCCCAGCUGCCAAUGAUUCCCUGUCAACCCAUUGGCUACGACGAUGCCCGUGUCAUACUGGAGAAGAUUGGUGGCACUCCAGUCCCCAGUGAUGACUGGAAGGGCGGCCUGACAGGUGUGGCCUACAACCUGGGUCCUGAGCUACAAGAUCGCUACUCCAACUACACACUUAGACUCAACACCCACAAUGUGCACCAGGUCCACCGUUCCUACAAUGUUAUUGGCACCAUCAAGGGGAAAGUGGAGCCAGACCGCUAUGUGUUGAUUGGUAACCACCGUGAUGCCUGGGGUUACGGUGCCUCUGACCCCUCCAGUGGCACUGCCCAGAUGCUGGAGACUGCCCGUGUCUUGACCCAACUCAUCAGUAGCACAGGCUGGCGGCCACGCCGAACUCUCGUCUUCUGCAGUUGGGGAGCGGAGGAGUUCGGUCUUAUUGGCUCCACGGAGUGGGUGGAGGAACAUGUGAACAAGCUACAGGAACGGGCGGUAAUAUACCUGAACACUGACACCUGCGCCUCAGGACCAAUCAUUCAUAUACCCAGCAGCCCUUUACUCUGGGAUUCUAUCACCUUAGUCAUGAAGAUGGUGCCAGGGGUUCGUGACGGUGCCACGUUAUACCAUGAGUGGGAGGCUCAUAAUGUCGCCCUGAAUCGUACACCAUCAAAAAUCUUCACUCUGGGUUCAGGAAGUGACUACGAUGCAUUUUCCUUCUACUGCGCCAUCCCAUCUGUGGACUUGACUUUUCAGAGAGACAGGAGCAAGUACGACAUCAUUAAAUACCCCUACUACCACACUGGCUACGAUACCUUUUACAUGAUGGAUAAGCAUGUUGACCCAGGAUUCAGGAUUCAUCAAGGAUGUGGUAGGAUAGCAUCCCUCCUACUCAAGUACUUCGCAGACUCUCUCAUCGUUCCAUACAGCCUGCAGCACCUGCCGGAGGCCAUGAAGGAUGCCCUUGACACCUUCAGGAAGAGUGGCAAGCGAGACAAGAUUAUUAACAUAUAUGAGAAUUAUGUUCUUUUGGAGGCGUCUUUGGCAAAGUUUGCCGAUGCAGUUACGUCCUUCCAGAGACAACUGGAGAUGAGGGCAACGAACUUAGAUCCUGUCAGCAUCCGAGCCAUCAAUGACCAGAUGAUGAAGCUGGAGCAGGUCUUCAUUCUGCCAGCAGGUCUGCCAGGUCGACCAACUGUCAGACACGCAGUUUUCGCCUCGAGUCAAUUUGACAACUACGCCCCGUCAGGGUUCCCUGGAAUUUCCGAUCUUUUGUACAGAAUAGAAGAGUUGGACGCUGCUGAGCGCCUUAAGAAAGAAGAGGAGAUCAAGAAGCACAUCUCUGAUCUUACUAUUAUGACGGAGAGAGCCGCCAGCUUCUUACAGGACUUCCACUUGAUCUAAGAGGAUAUUUUAUCACCAUCUUGUAUUCUGAAGCAAAAUACGAGCAUCGUGUAGCUGAACUGUCAGUAACGCAAGGGUCACAAAUUUUAUUUUUGAAUUCAGGGCUGUGUAUUCCAGAGGACUUGCAAGAAUGGUAUACAGUACCGACAGUAUAAAGAAUUAGACACAUGUGCUACAUCUGGGUAUGGUUGUAGACGCUUCGCCAACCAGUGCCUUUAUCAAUACAAGGAUAUAAUGUGAAGACUGUAGAAUUAUAUAUAAAACAUGAGGUAAUCAGUCCCUCAGUCCUUGGCUGAGGGACUGAUUACCUCUGGUGGAGGAUUCAUCUGUAAAAACUUGCAUUUGUAGUUGCGGUGGUGGCCCAUGUUAACCUUAUUAUAGCCAGCUGGCCUAGUGGUUUACGCACUGGCCUGGAGUUUCACCACUCACUUGACAUGAGUUCUAUCCCCCACCCGUACCGUGAUUUAUCCUUUAUUUAGUUUACUCUGCGUUAACAGUGAAGUCAUAAGUAGUAAAAUAUCAUUUAAUAAAUGUUCUAAACUAUA